AUUGUCAAGGGCGUUGACGUCACUUGUCAGAUUGUCGACGUAAACAAACGACGGCAAUUUCCGCUAUUUAUUGUUUAUUUUUAAAUUAAAUUCAAAUAAUAAACAUGUCAUCUCACAACGUGAACGUUUGCGACAUCACCGACGACGUCAAGGAGGUGUUGAAGAAGUUCCGAUUUCAGAAACACACGACUAAUUCUGCGCUGAUACUGAAGGUGAACAGAGAGAAGCAGACGCUGGAGGUGGACGAGGAGUUGGAGAAUGUGGAACUUGAGGAUCUGCAGGACACGCUGCCUUCGCAUCAGCCACGCUUCAUUGUGUACAGUUACAAGUUGGAGCACGACGACGGGCGCGUGUCGUUCCCGAUGUGCUUCAUCUUCUACACGCCGCGGGACGCGCACAUGGAGCUGCAGGUAAUGUACGCGGGCACGCAGCGGGCGCUGGCGGCCGCAGUAGGAGCCCCUCGUCUACUAGAAGUGCGGGAGAUCGACGAGCUCACCGCCGACUGGCUGCAGGAGAAACUCAAGAAAUAAACACAAGUGCACACGAAAUUACACCUUAUGUCCUUGUGGUGGUGAGUCAAAGUCGUAUGCAGAUGUUUUUUGGUAUACAGUAAGUAAUCAUUUGCUGAAUUUUGAGUCAACUUUUUUUAUGUACAAUCGGCAGCAUAAUUCUGUGGAACACAAUAAAAAUUAUACAAUUUUUUAAACUGUAAAAUCUGUGUUCAUCGACUUCAGUAAUUCUCUGCUGUUCAAAUUAUUUGUUGAUCAGUCGUUAAAGUGGUAAUUUUAGUUUUUUUUUUGUGUAUUCAUGGAAUUUUGUUACUGAUAGUACUAAGUAAUAGUAAUUUUGAUAAUAAAACUUGAUUUAACUGUCCAUAUUUUUGUCUCUUUCUAUCAAGUCAAAAAUGCUAUUUAAGAGAAAGGGACCUUCAUUUGAGAAUAAUAUAAGAUUUUAUUAAUAAGGGAUGUAUGUUUUAUAUUAAAUAUCAAUGUGAGUCCUCGUAGCAUUCCUAAAACUAAAUGUAUUAUUAUAUUAUAAUCAAACUGCCAUUUUGUGUAGUGAUUAAAGCCAAUUUUCACCAUUAUUCGCUAAAUUAAAUUAUAUCUAUACUCCAUUUGAUUAGGCACUACUAAAGGUAAACAUUCUUGAUAGGACGUUACACAAAUACAUAUUAAACAAAUAUAUAGUUAUCGGCACGGAUAUUGAGCUCUUGGCGGAAGAGUGGGGAUCGCUUUGCGCACUGUACACUUAAGGCAAUAAACCAAUAAAUCACUUCUGUGCAGGUGAAGGUCAGGGCUCAAUAUCCUGCCGAUGAUUAUACUACUGCUUAAAAUAAUGAUUCACUUUAUUAAGUAAGUAUGUCUCUACCAGACCUCGGGACUAGAGAUACCCGAAUUUUUGGGAGGCGAACGUUGUGCCGAAGCCAACACGCUGAAGCCCUUUUGAGACAACUUUAAUGAAAUGGUGACACAAAACCGACGAUUAUCCCUGUAUACACUAUAGAAAUGUACCCAAGGACAAUCCCCGGUUCUGUGCUAAACUAUUGCUAACUAUGGGCAAUUAUAACUAUGGAUGAAAACUACUUGGGCUAUUGUGAUGGGAAGACUAAGUAAGCAUUAUUAUUGUAUUUACGUUUUUUAUUUUACAACUGAGUUUUUAUCAAAAAGUCUUAUCAAUACUGUUUAUCUUUAGUUAAGUGUCUUCUCAAAUGUAUAGUUUUUCCUCGUUUAAGUUAAUUUGAUCUUGUUCAGAUUUCAUCAUGACAAGACUGUCUUGCCAUAUAACUGAAGAGUGUUUGACUAUUUCCAAUAAUAUUCAUAUUUAAAUGUUAGUCAAAUACUCUAUUUUUUUU